CGGGAACAGUCACGCCGCUGUCGCCGGCUGCUGACGUGAGCCGGCCGGGUGUGGGGCCGCGGGUACGGGUCGCUAUGGCGGUGGACAUCACGCUGCUGUUCCGGGCCAGCGUCAAGACCGUGAAGACGCGGAACAAGGCGCUAGGAGUGGCGGUGGGCGGCGGGGUCGAUGGCAGCCGCGAUGAGCUGUUCCGCCGGAGCCCCCGGCCCAAGGACGACUUCUCCGGCCGCGCCCGCGAAGUGAUAUCUCACAUUGGCAAACUGAGAGAUUUUCUUCUGGAACACAGGAAAGAUUAUAUUAAUGCUUAUAGCCAUAUUGUGUCUGAAUAUGGGAGGAUGACAGACACAGAACGAGACCAGAUAGACCAAGAUGCUCAGAUAUUCAUGAGGACCUGUUCUGAAGCAAUUCAACAACUAAGAACAGAAGCCCACAAGGAGAUGCACUCCCAGCAAGUGAAGGAGCACAGGACGGCUGUUUUGGAUUUCAUUGAAGAUUACUUAAAAAGAGUGUGUAAACUUUACUCAGAACAAAGAGCCAUCCGAGUUAAAAGAGUGGUGGAUAAGAAAAGACUAUCUAAGCUGGAACCAGAACCAAAUACAAAAACAAGAGAAUCCACAUCUUCUGAGAAAGUGUCACAGAAUCCUUCAAAAGACUCUGAAGAAAAACCUACCACUGAAGAAUAUCCAGAAAAGAUUUCACCCGAAGCACAACCUGAAUUGGGAACCUGGGGAGAGGCCAAAGGUGAAGAUGAAUUAUCCCCAGAAGAAAUACAAAUGUUUGAACAAGAAAAUCAGCGACUCAUUGGCGAAAUGAACAGCUUGUUUGAUGAAGUAAGGCAAAUUGAAGGAAAAGUGGUGGAAAUUUCCAGACUCCAAGAGAUAUUCACAGAAAAGGUUUUGCAACAGGAGGCCGAGAUUGACAGCAUCCACCAGUUAGUUGUAGGGGCAACCGAGAACAUCAAGGAGGGCAAUGAAGACAUCAGAGAGGCCAUUAAAAACAACGCUGGCUUCCGCGUGUGGAUCCUCUUCUUCCUCGUGAUGUGCUCCUUCUCCUUGCUCUUCCUCGACUGGUAUGACGGCUAGCGUGGCCGCACCCGCAGCCCGCGCUCUCCUGCGUCUCCGGUGUGGGGGUGGUGGCGACCAGAUCUCAUCACGGAGCCAUGUGAGGAAGAGGGGCUGAGACGGACACACGCACUCCCACAGAGGGUGCCCUGGCAGAGGAGAGAGGUCUGCGGAGCGGCGUGAGGCGGGGCUGCCGGGCAGGGCUCGCCCCAGGAGACAGCAUCUCAGGGCUCAGAGGAAGUCACUGGCCCUCCCUGGCCCCGCAGCCUCGGGGAAGAACAUGGUUAAUAAUGUCUCUCCACAGAUUAUUACUUUGUUUCCUUGUGGCUUCUUGUCUGCCUGAGUCAACCAAUACACAGACUCAUUGUGUCACAGAAAAGAAAGCUCACGUUUGCCUUGUUAACCUAAUAAAUACUACUGCAGCCA